CAUUAGUUAAUUUUUACUGUGGCGAAGCACAUACGCAGGAAAUUCUUUUCGAGCAAUUUCAGUUUUGUGUACGAUUAAAAAGUUAAUAUAAUCAAGAUGAAGGUUAUCUACAAUACAUUGUUGAAAAGGACCUCCACUUUCGCUGUGAUCGCUUUGGCAUCCACCUUCUUCUUCGAGCGUUCGCUUGAUGUGGCUUCCGAAAGUCUGUUCCAAUCAGUCAAUAAAGGCAAAUUGUGGAACGACAUCAAGCACAAGUACGAAUAAAUUGUAUAGAAAAACUGCUAAGCUCCAAAAAUUUAUUAUACGAAAACUUCGAUUCGUCAUGAAUAAAUUUUAAAAAUUUAUUAAAAAUUAACAAAA